CAUUGGCAAAUGCCUUUUCAGCCAUUUUGAUGCGGCUUUAGCUCUAUGGCGGAGAUGGAAGACGGGGACGAGCCGAGUUUGGUUCACUCACACAGUGGUUCAUCUGGGUCUAAAGCUGGCGGGGACAAGAUGUUUUCUCUGAAGAAAUGGAAUGCUGUUGCUAUGUGGAGCUGGGAUGUCGAAUGUGAUACGUGUGCCAUUUGUAGGGUUCAAGUUAUGGAUGCCUGCCUGAGGUGUCAAGCAGAGAACAAGCAGGAGGACUGUGUUGUGGUGUGGGGAGAGUGCAACCACUCCUUCCACAACUGCUGCAUGUCGCUGUGGGUGAAGCAGAACAACCGGUGCCCGCUGUGCCAGCAGGACUGGGUGGUGCAGAGGAUCGGCAAAUGAGGCCGGCCAGUGCCAGCGUCAACAAGCUGGCAGGCUUCCAUCUUGGCCUGACUUGAACCCCGCCCGCCCGUCGGCCGCGCUCAUUUAGCCCUUUUCCCCCGACCACGCCUGAUUCACCAGCGUUUGCUCGUCCAGGUGGCUGUCACUCUGUACUCCCAGGGUGACUGGAGCUUAUAAACAGCCUGCUCCCCUCUUCUGCCCUAGCUGUUUGUGUGCUCUGACUGUGUGUGUGUACGUGUGUGUACGU